AGAUACUGCUUUGUUGUUUUUUAGACGACUUGGCUAGGUAUCAAUUGGGUAGGUACAAAAACCUGCCUCAUACCUAGAUUGUUCUGUCCCAGUCAACCUUGCAAUGUAAACUAUUAAAUCCUUUAAUCAAGUGUUAAAUUCUGGUUCUGGUUGAUUUCAAUUAUCUUAAACCGUUAUUGUAAAAUUUUUAUCUACUUGUUUGUAUCAAUGCCAUUCAUAUCAACUUCGCUAAUCUUUAGUCAUGUUAUCGUAUUAGCGUCUAUUACCUUACAUUCCUGUGUUUGAACAGUCAUGACUAUCCAUGAAAUAUAAUCUGCAUAAUUAAAAAAAUUAUCGCAGAUAUGUGAAAAUAUGUUAAAGCUUCAAGUUUUUGAUUGAUUCACUACAGUUGAAGCUGUGUAUCUCAUAAAUUCAUUAUAAGCUUUCAUGUCUCACAAACCCUUUAAAGUUCAUUUUGAAAAACAUGAAAAAUAUCAAAAAGUGCCAAGUGAACCACAUCACUAUACGUGGAAAGAAAUAAAGGGAAAGUUUUCUCUGGGCGAUUCAUCACAAUCCCAUCAACAAAGAAAAUCUGACAAUGAGGGACGUCUUUAUUGCAAUGCCUUCUCCGCUACCUUCUACGAAAGCUCGUCAUAGCAUUGACAAUCCCACCGACGUCCCAUCCAGACGUCGUCGAUCUUUUCUUAACUUGCACAUACCUGAUUCUCCAUGGAGAGGAUCUAUGAGCCAUUUACAUUUGCCCUCGUUCACUGUCACCACUCCCGAGGGCGAACAGAGGAGCAUGUUCCAUUUCGCCCUUCGAAGACACUCGCAAAAUGUAAAUCUUAGCACAAAGUAUUUAGCAUACGAAAAUACCCCAUUGUCGAUUAAAUGCAUUAUUGUUUAUUUAUUGAAAUACCUAAUGGAACUGCUGAACUAUGUUUGGUUCAUGAAAAUUAAAAUAAUCAGACGAAUGUUACUAAACGGAGGCACCGCACUUAUGCUGGCUGCUACGAAGGGAAGGCUGGACUUCGUACGGGAACUUCUUAACCACGGAGCUGAUCCCAACAUAGAAGACACCGACUCCUGGACCGCACUUCACUGCGCAGCAAAGGAAGGACAUGUCGACAUCUGUUAUGAGCUGCUUCAACACGAUGCUAAAAUCGAUCCCAGGGAAAUGGGGGGCUGGACUCCACUUAUGUGGGCCUGUUACAAAGGUAGAACACAAGUGGUCGAUUUAUUGCUGAAAAGUGGCGCUGAUGUAAACGCACAUGGAAACUAUCACAUAUCUGCGUUACUGUGGGCAGCAGGUCGCGGUCAUACAGAAAUUGUCGAAUCCCUUAUUAAGCAUGGCGCGAAAAUAAACAUCGGAGACAAAUACGGAACCACUGCACUGAUAUGGGCCUCUAGAAAAGGUCAUACGGAAAUAGUGGAACUACUUUUGAAAGCAGGGGCUAAUGUGGAUACAGCUGGUAUGUAUUCGUGGACGGCAUUAUUAGUAGCAGCCCAAGGAAACCAUGUAGAAAUCGUGCAUCUUUUACUGGAAUGUAAACCAAACGUAAACGCCCUCGACAAAGAUGGUUGCAGUGCCCUUAUGAUAGCUUGCAAAGAAGGAUAUUAUGAGGUUGCUACAGCGUUAAUUAAUGCUAACGCUUAUAUAAAUAUACAGGAUAGAGCGGGAGACACGAAUUUAAUACAUGCAGUUAAGGGUGGACAUAGAAAUAUUGUUGAAGCUCUUCUUAAAAAGUAUGCGGAUGUAGACAUAAGUGGAAAAGACAGGAAAACUGCUGUUUAUAUAGCGGUCGAAAAGGGAAAUCCCAAUAUAGUUAAACUUCUAUUAAACGCUAAUCCGGAUCUUGAAAUAGCAACAAAAGAUGGCGAUACACCUUUGCUAAAAGCGGUACGUUCCAGAAAUGCCGAAAUUGUUCAGCUUUUGCUGGACAAGAAGGCCAAAGUUUCGGCCACUGACAAAAAAGGUGACACUGCCUUGCACAUUGCCAUGCGCGCACGAUCCAAACAGAUAGUUGAAAUACUUUUACGUAAUCCGAAACAUAGCCAGUUAUUAUAUAGACCGAAUAGGGCCGGGGAAACACCAUAUAAUAUCGAUAUGAGCCACCAAAAGACUAUUCUGGGUCAAAUAUUUGGUGCAAGACGACUUAACACCAAUGAAGAUAAUGAAAAUAUGCUUGGUUACGAUUUAUACAGUAGUGCGUUAGCUGAUAUUUUAAGUGAACCAUCUUUAUCAAUGCCGAUAACAGUUGGUCUUUAUGCCAAAUGGGGUAGUGGAAAAUCUUUUCUUUUAAACAAAUUAAGAGGUGUUUGUGACUUAUUAAGCAACAUUCCUGAUUUGCAUGCUGCAGCGUUGGAAUCCUACAGCAAAGUCAUACAAGAAAACAACAUAAGCGGUAGAGUUUUAUUGCAUUGUGAUCUGGAUGAACUUAAAAAGAGANUAGCAUUGGUUUGGUUUGCAAACAAGAGGUAUGAUUGGGACUGGCCAUAUACUUUUAAUGCAAAAUUGAGUAAGCGGCUGAAUAGUUUAAGGUUAAUUUUGCUAAUAAUGUUUUGUCACCCUCCGGGUGCCCAGUCGCACGACCUCUUCUCUGUACAACCAAUAAGGUUUUAUUUUACUGAUCAAACGAGGGUCAGUAGUACAACAGGCGGUGAAAAUUCUGUGGUACAAAUGCUUGGAUCUCUUUACGAUGCUGUUGAAGGCGAUUAUGGUACUUUCGCAACAAGACUGUACAGAGCAUUUAGACCAAAACCAGUGAAAUCCUCAACCACAUGGAAAUGGAGAAAGAUAUGUUGCAUUCCGUAUGUAAUAAUUUUCGAAGUUUUGUUCCUCUGCUUUUUAGCUGGAAUUUGUGCUUUAACUGUAUAUUUGGUGCAUCUUAGAUCUCCUGAGCAAACCGAAGAGGCAAAGGUGGAGAAGAUGACUUUACAAAUAGUAUUAAUAUUUAUAGCUUUACUAUUAGGAAUUACUGCAAUCGCCAACGUUUAUACUUGGAAUAGAAUGAUUAUGUCUCUGUUCUUUUCCCAAAGAAGGCAGCUGCAAAAGUCAAUAGCAAGACUGGACACUUUAAAAUCCGAGGGAUUCCUGCAAGCUGUUAGACAAGAGGUAAAUUUAAUGAAAGACAUGGUAAAAUGUUUAGAUAGUUUGAGCGCUCAACAAACAAGGCUAGUGAUAAUAGUUGAUGGUUUAGAUAGUUGUGAACAGGAUAAAGUUUUACUGGUGCUGGAUGCAGUUCAUAUGCUCUUUUCAGAUGCAAAUAGUCCUUUUAUUGUCAUAUUGGCUAUAGAUCCUCACGUAAUUGCAAAGGCUGUGGAACUUAAUAGUAGAAGGUUGUUUAACGAAAGUAACAUUGGAGGGCAUAGUUACUUAAACAACAUGGUCCAUUUACCCUUUUAUUUACAAAAUUCAGGACUGCGUAAAGUUAAGACAGCACAACAAACGGCGCAGGCGCAUCGUAAAACUACAUCUACAUGGAACGAGGCCGAAGAGAGUCUGACAUUGUCCGGAAGUAAUAUGCUGGGUAGGUCUCUUUCAAACAGGCGUUUGUCUGCCGAAAGCGCCAUAAUGUCGAGUAAUGAAAAGUUGAAGUAUAAUUCACGCAAAAAUUCACGUAAAUUGAAAAUGUCAGAGUCAGUUGCUAGUUCUAUCGGAUCGAAUUUAAAUAAAAUAGGUGGAGCACAGGAUCUUACAAAAAUGCUUUUGACUGACGAUUACUUCAGUGACGUUAAUCCACGAUCCAUGAGAAGGCUCAUGAAUGUCGUCUACGUUACAGGACGUUUAUUGAAGGCAUUUCAAAUUGAUUUCAACUGGUAUCGUUUGGCAUCAUGGAUAAACAUAACAGAACAGUGGCCAUUCCGUACAUCCUGGAUAAUAUACCAUUACGAUAUAUCAGAAGACAGUUUGGAUGACAAUACGUCGCUUAAAUCUCUAUAUGACAAAGCCAGGCCAUACAUCCCAUCUUUAAAAGAAACCGAACCAUUGUUGGAGUUGGAUAGAGAUGAACGAAAGUUUGAUAUAUUUUUAUCAUUUCACAAAUCCAGUCUGUUGGUUAGUGAUCUAAAAAUAUUUCUACCUUUUACCAUCAACUUGGAUCCAUAUUUGAAAAAAGUUAUAAAAGAGGAAAUGCAAAGUUUAGAGGAUGCCGGUAUUAUGAUGACUCCUGGUAGAACCGUAUCAGUGUUGCCGCAAGUAACACCACCUUCCAACAUGCCUACUAACUGGGGUAAUAACAAUCAAGAUUGGCAAAAUGCAUCUGCAGUUAAUAGGAGGAGGACAUUUGCUAGACCGUCAGUGCCUGUACCUCCGACAGUUGUUUAUCCCAAUGCCACUACUCUAGUCAACUGGCAGCAGCCUUGGGGAGAUCCACUUUCUAUGAAUACUGUCCGACAUCCGUUCUCACUUGCUCCCAUUACAGAAAUAGCUCCGGAAAUUUUAGAAACAAAAUUGUCAUCAUUGAACGUCGCAGGUGUUUGUGACUUAUUAAGCAACAUUCCUGAUUUGCAUGCUGCAGCGUUGGAAUCCUACAGCAAAGUCAUACAAGAAAACAACAUAAGCGGUAGAGUUUUAUUGCAUUGUGAUCUGGAUGAACUUAAAAAGAUUUUAAAGAUGAACUUUGGCGACUGGGAAAUCUUCAAGAUGCUUAUAGUGUCUCUAAGGGAACAAGAAUUAUCAUCGGUUGUGACGCAUCGGGAAAUAAAACCGAGGCCAUUAGGUAUUACCAAACAAGCUGCUUCUACAACAACUAGAGAACGUAAAGGUACUGUAACGUUAGAAGAGCAAAUGAUCUGUGGAGCUCUUCAAACAUUGAACGAAGAAGCAUGUGAAGAUGUUUUAGAAGAGACGGGAGAUAAUAUGCAACCGGACAUUCCUCAGACGUCAGUGAUACCUCCAAGUCCCGAUGCAAUUGAAGAUGUGAUUUUUCGUUCUCGAUCUAACAGUAAUGCUGAAGAAACCGAUUUCCUUUUGCUUCAAUCUUCACCAGUAGGUCACUGGCAACCAGUUUGUGUCAUGCUUCAAAAUAAUUCACUAAGCUUAAGUGAACAAAGUUCUAGAUCUAGUUCUCAAUCACCUUCACCUGUUCCAGAAAGACGCCAACAAUCUAAUAGCGCGAAGUUAUCAAGUUUAAAAGGAUCUCUAAUAGAAAAAACUGAUGGAUUAGAAAGUAACCGCAAAAGUAAGCAUGUAAUAAUUAAAGACGAAAAGGAAUCAAUAAGAAGUCAAGAAGUUAAUAAAAAGCAUCGACCUAAUUCUCUUUACCUAUUAAAACACGAAAAUAAAAAGGAAAUUCCAAUCGGUAGAAAUCGUUCGAAAUCAAUUGAUAUUGCUUUGAGGAAGAUAAAAUCAAACGAACCGAAGACCAUUAGUUCAGAAAAAUUAAAUAAACUCAAAGCAAAGUUUCUACCUUCAAAUCCUGACUUAGAUAAAGGAGAAAGUGAUAAUGAAAGCACUCCCCUUAUGUCGGAAGCGUGUUCUCCAAUCCCGAGUCCAGAGUUUACGAGCGUUUUCUCCUCUCACAGUUCUGGAUCGAAUAGUUUACCCCUUUCACCAUCUGCUGGUCGACAAAAUGAAACAUAUUCUCCUGACGACACGAAUCAAACAUCUGAACUCUUAGAAAAUAGUCCGAUAAAAGUUUCAAUUCAUUAUACCUUAAGUGAUAGCAGUCUUCAGGAAGAAAGAGCGCGAAGUUCAUCCCCCGAUCAUAAGCACUAUUACAGAAGACCUCGAACGUUAUCUGAAUGUGCAGAAUCACCCACUUUCAAUGAUAGUUGUUACACAUAUUCAGCUAGCAAAAGUAGCUUGAUUAGCAACAAAUCUCAAAGUUUCGGUCAUUUGCACCGUCAAAAUGCAAUGGAUUCAGACGAAAAUACUUCUAAUCCAGAAACUAGAAUGUAAGUGUUACAGUAAUUUUUAUUUUUCCCUACCUGACAUAUUAUACAGUUAAUAAAUUAUUGAUCAAUA